UCCUUCCACUGUGAUCAUCUGAAAAAUCAAUCGUUGACUCGGAGCACCGAAAACCCCAAACCCAAACCGUAAUCGAAUCCCAUAUAGCCCAGAGGAAGUAGAAGAAGAAGAUGUCAGGAGUAACCAAUCAAGAGGAAGACAAGAAGCCUGCUGAUCAAACGGCUCACAUCAAUCUCAAAGUCAAAGGCCAGGAUGGUAAUGAAGUAUUCUUUAGGAUUAAAAGAACUACCCAACUGAAGAAGCUUAUGAAUGCCUAUUGUGAUCGACAAUCAGUGGAUUUUAACUCUAUUGCCUUCCUGUUUGAUGGCCGCCGCCUGCGAGGGGAGCAGACUCCUGAUGAGUUGGAAAUGGAGGAUGGGGAUGAGAUAGAUGCAAUGCUACAUCAAACAGGUGGUGCUAUGGCCUAACUAGCUGGUUUUUAGGUUAUUUAUCAUUUAUGUACUAGGAUUUAAGUGGCGGCACUCAGUCGAAUUAGGAUCUACUUAAAUAUAACCUCUGAAACUACGUGGUCUGUUCGUUGCCUCGUAACCCUGUUUGUGGAUGUUACUUCUAAGUAGUAUUUUUAUGUGUUGUUGAAGUUUUCUCUUUCUGAUUGCUUUAGGAAUCACAUUUCAGGAAAGGGCGUGAAAAUCCUAAGAUCAUAGUUGGCUUAGGAUGUUUGAUGUCCCAUUAAAUCCAUGCCAUGAAUUGAUAUGGUGUGAAGGCUGAGCUGAGCCAUACUUUGCAAUAAAUGUUACCUUAAAUGCUGUCUGAAUGAGAUCUUGCUUUUCAUUAGAAUAA